UCAUGGAGCGGCUCGGCUGUUUGUCGUAAACGGAGCGGCGUGUUACCGACCUGUCCUUUCCCGGGAGUUAGCGAUCUCUCAAUCCCUGCACUGCGCUAGUUCUAAAGAGGAAAUGUCUCUACGCUGCGGGGAUGCAGCGCGCACCCUGGGGCCCCGGGUAUUUGGGAGAUACUUAUGCAGCCCAGUCAGACCAUUAAGUUCCUUGCCAGAUGAAAAAAAGGAACUCUUACAGAAUGGACCAGACCUUCAAGAUUUUGUAUCUGGUGAUCUUGCAGACAGGAGCACCUGGGAUGAAUAUAAAGGAAACCUAAAACGCCAGAAAGGAGAAAGGUUAAGACUACCUCCAUGGCUAAAGACAGAGAUUCCCAUGGGGAAAAAUUACAAUAAACUGAAAAACACUUUGCGGAAUUUAAACCUCCAUACAGUAUGUGAGGAAGCUCGAUGUCCCAAUAUUGGAGAGUGUUGGGGAGGUGGAGAAUAUGCCACCGCUACGGCCACGAUUAUGUUGAUGGGUGAUACAUGUACAAGAGGUUGCAGAUUUUGUUCUGUUAAGACUGCAAGAAAUCCUCCUCCACUGGAUGCCAGUGAGCCCUACAAUACUGCAAAGGCAAUUGCAGAAUGGGGUCUGGAUUAUGUUGUCCUGACAUCUGUAGAUCGAGACGAUAUGCCUGAUGGGGGAGCUGAACACAUUGCAAAGACUGUAUCAUAUUUAAAGGAAAGGAAUCCAAAAAUCCUUGUGGAAUGUCUUACUCCUGAUUUUCGAGGUGAUCUCAAAGCAAUAGAAAAAGUUGCUCUGUCAGGAUUAGACGUGUAUGCACAUAAUGUAGAAACAGUCCCGGAAUUACAGAGUAAGGUUCGUGAUCCUCGGGCCAAUUUUGAUCAGUCCCUACGUGUACUGAAACAUGCCAAGAAGGUUCAGCCUGAUGUUAUUUCUAAAACAUCUAUAAUGUUGGGUUUAGGCGAGAAUGAUGAGCAAGUAUAUGCAACAAUGAAAGCACUUCGUGAGGCAGAUGUAGACUGCUUGACUUUAGGACAAUAUAUGCAGCCAACAAGGCGUCAUCUUAAGGUUGAAGAAUAUAUUACUCCUGAAAAAUUCAAAUACUGGGAGAAAGUAGGAAAUGAACUUGGAUUUCAUUAUACUGCAAGUGGCCCUUUGGUGCGUUCUUCAUAUAAAGCAGGUGAAUUUUUCCUGAAAAAUCUAGUGGCUAAAAGAAAAACAAAAGCCUUCUAAAACUUCAAGACCUUCAAGAUCACAAAAAUUUUUUAAAUUUGAUUCCAGUUAAUAACAGAGGUGGUGCCAGAAUGCCUGGACUACAGUGGAUGUACCCCACUCUUUGCUUAAAACAAAAAAAUGUCAAUAGCCAGGCAUAGUGGCUCACGCCUGUAAUCCCAGCACUUUAGGAGGCCGAGGCGGGUGGAUCACCUGAGGUCAGGAGUUCGAGACCAGCCUGGCCUGCAUGGUGAAACCCUAUCUCUACUAAAAAAACAAAAAUUAGCCAGGCGUGGUGGCGGGCGCCUGUAAUCCCAGCUACUCGGGAGACUGAGGCAGAAGAAUCACUUGAACCUGGGAGGGGGAGGUUGCAGUGAGCCGAGAUCGCACCAUUGCCUUCCAGCCUGGGUGACGAGCAGAACUCCAUCUCAAAUAAAUAAAUAAAAAGGAAAAAAGUCAAUAAACUACAGAUUUAAUUACAGUAAUUCAUUUGGCUUUUUGUUUAUCUUCUUUGUCCCAAUAAACAGUUGCUUGCUGUGAUGUAAUCUUAAAA